UCGCGCGAAUCCGCCAUCCAGUUCCCCGUCCACCCGUUCAAUGUAUAAAGUUUAAAUGUACGAAAAUUCGCACCGCAUUAAUUCACCGACCGUCGCCGAGUGAAGAUCGUGGACCUCGUGGAGUUUCAAGAGUGUGUUUAGUUUUUAAAAGAAGUAGUCAGGAAUAAUACGCAAAUCUUCAGUCCUAAAAUCAUGAAGAAUCUGGGUGCAGUUCUUGGUGUCGCCUGUUUGGCCGCCGUUGUCAGUGCAGAAUUUGGCUUCUACGUCCCGAAGGCGUUCUACAAAAUCGACGAAAAUGGCUACAAAUCUCCGCUGACCUACAUCGACAACCUGCCGCCAAUCUUCCACCGCACGAGGAGAGCCGCCCAGCUGGGAGGAGUAAACUUUGGCUUCCCGCAACUGCCGUUCCCGAACUUCCCGGCGAUCCCGACCAACGGCCAGGGUAACUUCCAGGGCGUCCAGACCACCAUCACCAGCACCGGUGGCGGCAACCUGCACAACCGCUUCGACGAGGACGGCCCGGUGGUCCAGAGCACCUUCACCUCGUUCAGCAACAACAACGGCCACGUCACCCAGACCACGCACUUUGUGGACAAGGACGGCAAGGUGACGACCCACCGCCAGGACAACCAAAACGACCAGCAGCAGCCAAAGCAAGCGGACACCUCGUCGAACCAGCGAGAUGACGGCAAGUGGAAGGCACCGACGACGACGCAAAAGCCCAAGAACUAAGGAGAAUCCGAUUUCCGGCGAGCGAAACAUUAUCAUCGACCGUCAAUAAAAAAAAAGCUACAAUUUGUCGACACGUCGUCAGCUGGCACUUGGGCCACCUGUAAAUGAUCGGAGAAACAUAACAAAAGAAACUAAAUCGAACUAAAAUUAUACGAUCCCCGCCAUUCCUGUCCAGAAGAAGAUCCAGUCCGGAAAUGUGAAACGACGGGGCAAUUAAUAGGUCCCACUGAGAAGCACAUUUUUCGAAAUCGCACAAGAACAAAGAAAAGAGGAGAAAAUCUCAAAAUCAUAAAAAAAAACAAUAAUUUAUAAGUAGAAAUAGUCGCGAUUUUCUAUUAUUCCACCUCUCCACACGAUCCGCCUUCAUCGCCGCCGCCGUCACAAGAUAACAAAAGAGAAGAAGACAACAAACAGCGAAAAAAGAAAACAAGUCAAAAGAAAUCAAGAUGAAAAUGGGACACGCGCGCAGGAAACGGCAGUGAGAAAUUAUGCGCGCAAAUUACCGAUAUCUUCGUGACCGAGGAGGAGAGCUGCUUAAUUUCACUCUUUUUCAGUCAUUUUUGGUUUUUUUGCUUCCAUUUCGUGUCACAAUGCUCAGCAAAUCGAUGGAUGGAAACUUUCAACAGUGGCCAACAAUCCAACAGCAACAAAAUUGGAGAACGAGAAUUUCCAAAACUAAUUUAUUGUGUGUGUACUGAUUCGUAGUUUAACAAUGCCAAUUUAAGUUUAAUGCCUAGAAAUUAAAUGAUAACAAAAGCAGAACCGUGAAUAAAGAUAUCUAGUUUAGAGAAGAAAGAAAAGAAGAAAAA